AUGGACAGGUCUGCGGACGAAGAGGCGACGUUUGACAUCCUUCCCGGCAGGCUUCCCCGGUUCGGAUUCCUAUUUGCGAUCCAUCUCGCCCCUUCCGCUUCGUUGCGCAUCCCUCGGACAUUGCGCCUCUGCGGUUGCUUGACUGGGGCAGUCUCCAACAAGCUCAACGGCGGCGCUACUGUCGCCGUGACUUGA